CUUCUCUCUCAUAGUACUGCCAAUGUCACAAACACAACAAGUAAAAUCACAAACCGAAAAGAAACCAAUUUUCAAUACAGAACCUUGUCCCAGGGCAGAAAGUUGGAGAGAUUUAUUGCAUAGUCUUUAUAGUCAACCGCAAGCAUGUUAUGACGCGAUAUUAACAAAAGUAAACAAGUUUUGGUCAUAUGAAGAGUUCCGUUUUGGCUUUUAUAUCUUUGCGCUAAUUUCUGCUGUGCCAAUACUCAUUUUCUUGUCAUUUAUGUUUACUGUCAUCUUCUUGACCUCAGCUGUAACCAGUUUUAUUUGGAUGUUUUUCGUGUUUUCUUCGUUAGCCAUUGGUCUUAUGUUACUCAUUCCUAUUUUGUUUGUUACUCUUUUGACAACAAGUAUUAUUGUCCUUGGCUAUGACUUGUAUUGCUAUUUACUACGAUCAUACAAUCAUAAAGAUUAAUUAAAAUUUAAAAUGAUUGAUUGUACCACGAAAAGAUGAAAGUAUCAAAGUGUAACAUUUGCUGCAUGAAUAACUUUUAUAAAUUCAGACGAUGUUCGUUUUUCUAGACGAAGCAAAAUUAAUCUUUAAACUUUUAGCUUACCCUGUAUCAUGGAUUGAAAGCAGCGAUAACUACUUCGGAUUUGUUAUUGUCUUUUUCUACUGUCUUUU